AUGGGUUCACAUUCUAAGCUCAAAGUAGGAGGAGAUGGUGAGGAUAAGAUCAGUCAAUUACCAGAUGCACUUCUGUCUCAUAUGCUCUCCUUCGUGGAAACCGAACAAGCUGUGAGGACUAGCAUUCUCUCUACAAGGUGGAAGAACAUAUGGGCUUCUGUUCCCUCUCUAUUCUUUGUACACUGCUGCUGUAAGGAACGAGGAAGCUCUAACCAUGCUGUGUUUGUGUCAUUUGUUGAUCGUGCGCUUCACUGUCGUGGAUUAUUAGACAUUCAAAGAUUUUAUCUCCGUUAUUACUGCUUCUCUGUGGAUUUAUCUCGUAUUGAUGGUUGGAUCCGCAAUGUGAUUCGUCGUAAUGUUGUGGAACUUAAACUCUGUGUUAGGGUAUAUGAGGACACGGUAGAAAAGAUUGAGUUGCCUAAAACUAUAUUUCUGUGCAAAACACUGGUGAUAUUGAAGCUGAAUUUCAACUGUUUUAUCUAUGCUCCUCCUGAGUCGGGGUGUUUCCCUAAUCUCAAGGUUCUCCAUAUCAGACUUGAUUGUCCUGAUAAGGACUUUUUGGAAAAGCUUUUUACAUUCUUCCCUUUACUUGAAGACUUGUUUAUAUAUGGAAGAUUGUCAAGUGAUAUUAGUGGUACUUUCAAGCUUUUUGUGCCUGAACUAAAGAGGUUAAAAAUAGACUUUGCCUCUAAUAUGAGUUAUGAGGACCCUUAUGAGUACUACUUAUCUAUCAAUGCCCCAAAGCUUGAAUAUCUUGACCUCAGAGUGGAUUUUUUGCGGAGCAUUGUAUUUGACAAUGCAAAGUCCCUGGUGAAAGCCGUUUUCAGUUUCUCUCACCGUGAUGCCAUUGAACUCGAGCGCUAUGGUUACCGUGCAACCACAUUGCUGGCAGCAGUUUCCAAUGUUCAACAUCUAUCUCUUUCAGUUCAUUCUUUGGCUGUAAGUAUGCUUAACUUGUUCCUUUUCCACUAUGUCUGA